AUGGCUGAAAAAGAGGAGAUGUUAGAACGGGAGGAAGUUCCACCAAAGAUUAAUGAUCCCAAAGAGUUCAACAUUACUUGCACCAUUGAGGGGAUGAAAAUACCACAGGCUUUAUGUGACUUAGGAUCAAACAUUAUUGUCAUGCCACUGAGCAAAUUUAAGGAAUUGGAGAUAGGAGAUAUUGUACCAAGCAAAAUGACACAAACUUUGGCCGACUCAUCUGUGACUCGUCCGCUUGGUGUUAUACAAGAUGUGCUAGUUCAUGUUGAUGUAUUGACCUUCCCUACAGAGUUUGUCAUAAUUGAAAUGAAAAAUGAUUCAGAAGGGUUCGUGAUUCUUGGGCGCCCAUUCUUGGCAACCAAGAAGGCAAACAUAGAUGUGGAGAUCGGUGAGUUAAUUCUGAAGUUUAAUAAGGAGAAAGUGGUAUAUCAUGCCUAUCAAUGGACACAAUAUGUAGAGGGUCUUGAGGCAUGCUAUUAA